AUGGAGAAUCCAUUUAAGAUUCCAAAAAAUGAUGUUGAAAUGAAUAAUAAUAAUAAUAAUAAUAAUUCAAAGAAUAUACAUAAUAAUAUACAUAAUAAUAAUAUACCUAAUAAUAAUUAUUAUAUAAAUAAUAAUAGUCAUAUAAGUAAUUUUAAUAAGAACCCCAAUAAUAGUAGUAGUAGUAAUAAGAAUAUAUUAAGAAGUAGCAAAAUAAAUAAAAAGUUAUUAUAUAAUACAUAUCCUAAGAAUAUUAACAUAUUAAAUAAUAAUAGUAAUAGUAGCAGCAGUAGCAGUAGUAGCAGUAGUAGUAGUAAUAGUAGUAGUAGUAGUAUUAGUAUUAAUUUACAUAUGAACACAUUAUCAAAUAAUAAUAAGAUAAUAAAAAAAAAAGAAUUUAAUAACGAGUUUUUAAAUAAUAAGAAGAGUCCAAGUGAAGAGGAUAAGAAUUUUAACCUUGUAUAUAUAAAUAACAAUAUAUUGUUUAAUGAAAAAAAUAAUAAUAUUAAUACAUAUACAAGAACAUUAAGUUUUAAAAGUUGUAAUAAUGAGCACAUACAAGAAUAUAAAAACGAUAAAUAUUAUGCGAGUCAUAUUAAGCAUUUAGAAAAUCUUGAAAUUGAUCAUUUUGUAGGGGAUCAUAAUUCCAGCUUAUUCCUUUCAAAUAAAGAAAUCAAGUCUGGUUUAAAAGCAAAUAUGAGAAAUAAUAAUAUAGAAAAUAAUAAUAUAAAUAAAAAUAAUAGUACUACUAAUAAUUUUGUAAGUAAUAAUAUUGGAAAAUAUCUAGCUUGUGGUUUGAAUGAUCAUAAGAUAAUUAAUAUUAGCAACAAUAAUAAUAAUUCAAAUAAUAUUAAUUCAAAUAAUAUUAAUACAAAUAAUAUUAAUACAAAUAAUAUUAAUAGAAAAAAUUUAUUCUUGUCACAUAAAAUAAAUACAUAUAGUAACACUCAAGGUAUAUAUUGUAUAAAGAAUCUUGUGGGGGAAAAAAUCAUCAACAAUAAUAAUAACAUCAACAAUAAUAAUAACAUCAACAAUAAUAAUAAUAGUUGUAAUAAUAAUAAUAGUAGUUGUAGUAAUAUACCUGUGAACGAUAAUAAUAAAAAUAAUAAAAAUAUUAUAUUAGAUAAUUUUAUGGAAAUUAGAAAUAAGAUAUAUAAUAUUAAGAGAGAAAAAAGUGACUACGAAAAAGAAGAAAAAUAUCAUCUUCAUUUAAAAGAGUUAGAUAAAUAUAAAAAUAUAUCAAGUAGUAAUAAUAUAAGAACAAAUCAAAACAUGACACAUACUAAUAUGAAUCCUUACGAUCAUAUAUAUGGUUUUUCUGAAAAAAAUAAAAAAAAAGAACAAGAAUUAUUAAUGAAGAGAAAAGAAGAUAUACAUAAUAAUAAUAUACAUAAUAAUAAUAUACAUAAUAAUAAUAACAUGAACAAUAUGAAUAACAAAAUAACAUUUGUAAAUAUAUUUGAGGAUAAAAAAAAUUCAGAAAUCAUUUUUGAAAAAAGAAAAGGAUUAGAUCAAGAAGAAAAAUGUUUCAAUUAUUUAGAAAGAAAAGCAAAUCAUAUGAACAUGGAUUUUAAUAAUAAUAAUAAUAUGAACUUUAAUAAUAACAUCAUAACAAACAAUAUGUAUAAUAAUAUUAAUAUUAAUAAUAAUAAUAAUAACUUAGAUUAUAAUAAUCUGAAUGGUCAUUUCUUAAAUAACUUAUCCAUUAAUAACAAUCAUAAUAGAACAAAUAACGAAACAAAUAUAAUAAACGCAGGUGUAAAAAAAUAUUUUCUUGUAAAUGAUAGAAAUAGCCUUAUGAUGAAUGAAGCAAAAAAUAAAUAUUUAAACCAUCGCCCUCUUGAAGAUCAUAUGGAUAGAAAAAUAAAAAAAUAUGAACAAGAACAAUAUGAAAAGUUAUCCCCUUAUAAAGAAUUUAAGGAAGAAUCAAAUAGAAACAUCAAUAUAUAUCAAAAUAAUAAUAUUAAUAAUAAUUUCAAUCAAGGUGGACAUAAUAAUAAUAUCAACACAUCUAAAUAUUUAUAUAGACAAGGAAUUAAAGGAAUUAAAGAAGAUGAUAUAUUUGAAGAACAUAAUAAACAAGAAGUAUCAUAUAACUCGACAGAUCAUCAUUCCAAAAAUAAUUUAUUAACAAAUGUGAUAUAUCAAAAUGACAACAAUAGUAAUGUUAAUCACAUGAAUAGUUUGAAUCACAUGAAUAGUUUGAAUCAUAUGAAUAGUUUGAAUCAUAUAAAUAGUGUGAAUCAUAUGAAUAGUUUGAAUAAUAUAAAUUGUGUGAAUAAUAUAAAUUGUGUCAAUCAUAUCAGCGCUUAUUAUAAAAACUAUUUACACAAUGAUAUCUUUGGAGACCCAAAUAACAAUGGAUCAAGGAACAACGCUCAUGUUAGAAAAGAAUUUAUGGAAGAUAAAGAUAAUAAUAAUAAAUACAUAAAGAAAUGCUUGAAAAUUCCAAGUGAUGAAAAAAAUAUGGAGGACUAUAAAAAUAAUAAGGAUGCUAAUAAAGAGGCAUUAUUUAAAAUGAACGAAAAAAAAAAUAUAUGUAUUGAAUGUAAUGACAACUUAAUUAAAGGAAACAAUAGCAACAAUAGUUCUAUAUUUACAAGAGAGCAUGUUGUGCAUGCAAAUGCAAAUGGAAAUUCACAGAUAGCUGUAAAUAUGAUGAAUGAGAAAAAAAAUAAAGAUAAUAUUAUAAUAUUAAAUAAAAAACUUAAAAAUAGUAAUAGCAUUAUAGAUAUAAUAGAUAAUGAUAAUAAAAAUAAUGAUUGUAAAAAAAAUAUAUAUGUAGAUGUACAUAAUAUAAAUAUAUCAGACAGUGAAAAGAAAAAAAAGGAUUCUACUGAGGUUCCAAGUAAUAACAUAGAUGACUUAAAUAAUAAUAAUAGUUCUUCUUAUUAUAAAGAAAAUUGUUUUAAUAAUGAAAAUGUUAUAUAUGAUGAAGAAAAGAAUAUUUUUAGAACUAAAGAAAAUACAAAUAUUAAAAUAUAUAGAAGAAGUUUAGAAAAAGAAAGGAUGUUAAAUUUUCCUUUAAUUCAUUUAGGAGAGAAUGAUGUAAUAGUUAAAAGAAUUAAAUUAUAUUAUCCUUUAAGAAAUAAGAAUGUCUUUACGAAUAUUUCAAAAAUUAUUUUUAUGACAAAUACGAAUAUAUGUUCAUUAUAUAUAAGUGAUUCUUUAUUGAUCCAUUAUGAUAAUAUCAAAAUAAGUUCAUACUUGUCUAAAGGUGGUUUUGGUGUGGUAUAUAAGGGUAGCUUGAUAAGGAAGAUGAAGAGAAAUGAUAUGCUGUCUAAUGAGGAUAUGGGUACUGAGGAGAGGGGUGAUUCACAGGGUAACAGGAAGGAUAAAAUGAAGGAAGGAGAUUAUGAUGAUGAGGAGGAAGAAGAUGAUGAUGAGGAAGAAGAUGAUGAAGAUGAGGAAGAUGACGAUGAUGAUGAUGACGACGAUGAUGAUGAUGAUGACGACGACGAUGAUGACGAUGAUGAUGAUGACGAUGACGAUGAUGACAACGACGAUGAUGACAACGACAAUGAUGACAACGACAAUGAUGACGACGAUAAUGAUGACGACGAUAAUGAUAACCAUAAGGAUGACCCCUUUAAUUUUCCCAUUGAGAGUCCAAAUCAAAAGUGUGCAAAAAAUAAAAUAAGAAAUGAGUAUGACGAAGAUUAUAUAAAAAACCUGUGUGAAGGGAGAUACAUAAGAGAUGGUGGUGAUGACAAUGAAUUUUUCAGUAUUAACAAUAAUAAGAAUGAAAUGAACAAUAAUAACGUGAAUGAUAAUAUAAAUAAUAAUAACAAUAAUAUUUUUUAUAGACAACGUAAUAGUGUUUAUUAUGACGAGGUUGAUAAGAACGGAGAAAAGAAUGGUAAAGAAAAUGAAAUGAAAGAUGAAAAUAAUUGUAGUAUAAAGAAGAAAAAAAAAUGUCAUAAUAAUGAUACUUCAAAAUGUAUAAAGAGUAAUAAAAAAUUAUGUUAUUUAAGAAAUCAAUUGAUAGAAAAAUUUUUUGAUUCAUUGAAUUAUAAAAUAGAUCAAAAUGAAGAUUGUGUUGAUAAAAUAGAUGAUAAAGAAAAAUAUAAUUUUAAUUUAUUUACAAAUGGUGAUAAUUGUAUGUAUGAUCAUAUGUUGAGAACUGGGAAGAAAGAUAUGGCUCUACCUAAUGCAACAAAUAAUGUAUUAUCAAAUAAUAUCCCAUAUAAUAAUAAUAAUAAUAAUAAUAAUAAUGUGGUAAAUAUAAAUAAUGUCAAUAAUAAUCACAACCUUACGAAUAGUAGUAAUAAUUUCGGAACUGAGAAUAACUUACUAAGUAGUCUCAUACAUCUAAAUAGAUCAAGCGAGAUAAACAAAAAAGGUUUGGGCUUCCAAACAAAUGAUCCUAAUAUUUUAGAUAAAGAACAUUAUUAUUUUAAAGAUGAAAAGAAAAACAAUAAUAUUGGAGAAACAUCCAAUUAUGUUCAUACAUCGAAUAAUCAACAAUAUAUUGUAAAUCAAGCUAAUGAUAUUAUUGAUGAAGAAUAUUGUAAUGAGAAUAAAGAGAAAAUUAAUAAUUGUUGUUGUGGUUCUUUAAAAGAUGAUUGCUGUAAUAAAAAUAAUCAAUGUGGUUCAUCACAGUUUAAUGAAAUAAGACGAUUAAAAAAGAAAAUGAUAAAAUAUAUUUAUUCAGAUAAAAUGAGUGAUAAAAUUAUUAUUGAUAAGAAUGAAUUUUUAAAUGAAUUAGAUAAAAUAAUAUCUAAAAUGAAAACGAUAAAUAAAGAUUUAGAAAAAAAACAUCAUGAAGAAAUUAUGUCGUAUUUAUUGUUAGAUGUAUAUCAUAAUAAUAUUGUUUAUAAAAAUAAUUAUGGAUUCUUAUAUGUAAAUAGUAAAAAUAUUAUAACAUAUGGUAUAACCAAAGAGAGCUUAUAUAUAUUUGACAAUAAAAAUAUAUUCCAUUAUUAUAGUGAUAAAUGUAUAUUUAAAAUAAUAUUUAUAGAUGAACAUAAAGAAUUAUUAAAGUUUAAAAAUUUUACAGUUUUUAAUGUAUUAAAUAAUGAAAAAAUAGUAAAUAAUUCUUCUAUUUUAAAGAAUGAAAUUGAUAAACAUAAAAAUGGAUUAAACAAGCUAGCUAUUAUACCAUUUAGUAAAAUGAGUAUAAAUAAUUUAUUGCAUGCACUCAUAUUUGGAUUCCUAAAAUUUCUUUUUAAUUUAAGAAAAAAAUAUCACAAACAACCUAAUGGAAAUUGUGCAUGUAAUAUGGAAGAUCAUAAUAUAAUAAAUAAUAUAGUAAUUGAAAAUAAUAUUAUAUAUAAUAAGAAUGAUCCUACUUGUAUUCUAUCAUCUAAUAUGAAGGCUUCGAAUGAGUCUCUUAACAACAUAUUGGUAUCUCCCUGUAGUAUAGAAAAAGGUGAUCAUAUAAAUAACAACAUGUAUCAUAAUAAAUGCAAUCAUCAAAUGAAUUAUAACAUCAUUAUAAAUGAUACGAACAUUCAAAAUGUUGUAGGUAAUAAUUUGGAUCAUUAUAUAAUGUGUAAUUGUCAAGUGGUCGAUACGGAUGAUAAGAAGAAAGGAGGUCCAACAAGUAUAAAUAAUGUGAAUGAAAAGGAAAAUAUGAAUAAAUACAACAAUAAUAAUAAUAUGAAUAAUAUGAAUAAUAUGAAUAAUAUGAAUAAUUUGAAUAAUUUGAUUAAUAUUAAUUGUUCUGGUGAAGCACAUAAUAAAGGUGGUAAUCAAGAUGACAACAAUAAUAAUAAUAAUAUGAAUCGUCAUAAUAUAAACCAUGAAAAUUUUCUCAAUAACCAUAUGCAUGCAGCAGAUGAUCAUCAUUCAAUGAUACCAAAAAAUGUAGUAGACAAAAUAGAUAACAAAGGCAAAAUUAAUUCAAGUAAUUGCCUUAUUAGUAGUACCCUUAUAAACACAAAUAAUUCAGACGAAUCAAAGACGACCAUGCUCUUAAAUCUUUCAAAGAAUAAUAAAAAUAUUUCAAAAGAAUAUAUAAUUAAUGAAAAAGAAUAUACAUAUUCUCCAAAAAUUAAUGACAAGGAGGAACAACAACCACAUAUGGUAUCUCCAGAGUGUAGUGAAAAGGGGGAACUGCAAGGAAAAAUGAAAAAAAAGGAAAAUAAUAAUAAAAAUGAUAAGAAAAAAAAGAAAAAGAAAAAAGAAAAUGAAAAUAAAAAUAAAAAGAAUAAAAGUAAAAGCAAAAAUAAAAGUAAAAGCAAAAAUAAAAGUAACAAAAUGGAAGAUCAUGUAAAAAAAAAUAACAAAAAAAAUAAAAAUCAUAUGAAUCAUGAGAAAGAUAAGGAUCAUGAUGUUGAUGUUGAUGGUGAUGGUGAUAAUUAUGGUGAUAGUAACAAAUGUAUAAACAAUAAUUUGAGAAAAAAAGAAAAUAGGAAUAAUAAUAAAUUGGAUGAUAAUCAUAGUACUACUCAUCAUGAUAGUGAAGAAAUAAUAUAUAUGAAAACCCCGGUUGCUAUAAAAAUCCAUGAUUUAAAAGAUAGUAAAAAUUUAAAAAAUUUCCUUAGAGAAAUAGAAAUAUAUAAAAAUUUACAGCGUCCAAAUAUAUGUACAUUUUAUGGUAUAUGUAUAAAAUCAAAUAAGUUAAUGUUAUUAUUAGAAUAUUAUGCAAAAGGAAAUUUAUUUAAUUUUUUAAAAAAUAAAAAUAAAAUACAUAAAAAACAAAGAUUAGAAUGGGCAAUACAAAUAUCAUGUAUAGUACAUGAGUUGCAUGCACACAAUCCACCAAUAAUAAAUGGAGAUAUAAAAACAUCAAAUAUAUUAAUAGAUGAUGAUAUGAAUUUAGUAAUGUGUGAUUUUGGAAAAGCUAGAUUUAAAAAUACUAAACUAUAUAGUAAUUUUGGAUCCUAUAGAUAUAUGGCACCUGAAACAUUUAGUUGUACGACUGAAGUUACAGAAAAAAUUGAUAUAUGGAGUGCAGCAUGUUGUAUUGUUGAAAUAUUUUCAAGUAAAUAUCCUUAUUAUAAUUUAACAAAAAAUGUUAAAAUCAGACAUGAAUUAUUAGUUAAUAAAAGAACUCCUCAUAUACCUAACUUCUUACCAAACUCCAUAAAAAAAUGCUUGCAAAAGUGUUUUAGUUUUCAGCCAGAGGAUAGACCAACAGCAUAUGAAAUGUAUAAGUCUCUUAAAAAAAUUAAGGUCGUAGAGUGA